UAUGUGUGAUUUCUCAACUCGCUCUCGCGGUACGUUGACAUCAUCCGUCUGUCGGUUCUUGCAGCACAGCAUGAAGUCAAACACGCGUAAAAUUGCUGACCUCCAAGCACUCGUCUCUGCUCCUCGACAUAAUGGAGCAGCUGUAUUUGCAAAUACAAACACACGAAACAAGUUUGCACGAACAUAAAUGUGAUCUUGGAAGCGUUCAGAGUAGCAGUCACAUGUAAACAUAGGUCGCACUUUUGACGUAGGUGCGAGCGCUGGCGCAUACUUUGUGACGUUACCUGCUUAAACAUCUGUUUGUCUCAGUUUACAUGCAACCGUGCAACCGAAGAUUUUCAAGAUCUCCACUCUGGCCGGAGUUUUUAGAAACAUGCGGUUUCAAAGGCGAGUUCUCCAUUUGCGUGUAAACGAGGGGGGUAAAUCUAUCAGUUUUUAAAAAUAACCAUAUACGUGUAAACAGGGCCUUAGGCUGUUUUAUUUUGCCUAAGUCAGUGGUUCUCAACUCCAGUCCUCUACUUCAUAUGUAAUGGCCGUCUUCCUUUUCUCUCUUUUAGUUUGAGUCUUAUUGACAUGACAAAUACUUUGUAUUGCCAAAGCAUUUGCAGCUGAGCUUCAUACAAACAAAACAGGUCAAACCAAUAACAGAGCAUUAAUAGCAAAGCACUGUCACAUUCUAUGCAGAAAAUAUAAAAAGGUACUAUCAUAAAAAAUAUUACAAAUACAGUAAAAAAAGAUCUAAUGUAAAAUAAAUAAGUCUCUCUCUCUCUCUCUCUCUUUCCUGUUCCUGUUUCCAGAUCAUCUUUUUAAAAAAAGUUGUGAAAGUUUUGGUUUUUGUGGCACAGAUGUUAACUGGAUAAGACACUUUAUUCACAUGCUAUUCAUAAAGGGCUACACAAAGAAAGACAGCUCACAAAAAUCUAAUCUUGGAUCAAAGCAAUUGGUUAGAGGUACCGCACAAAAGAGGCAUCAUGUUGAUGGGACUGGAGAUCGGUGGGAUUGCCCUGGGCAUCAUUGGUUGGAUCAUUGGCAUCGUUGCUUGCGCUCUGCCCAUAUGGCGUGUGACGAUCUUCAUCGGUGCGAAUAUCGUCACAGCCCUGACCAUUUGGGAGGGUUUAUGGAUGAAUUGUGUUGUGCGUAGCACCGGACAGAUACAAUGUAAGGUCUACGACUCCAUUCUGGCCCUGCCACAAGACCUCCAGGCCUCACGAGCCAUGACCAUCAUCUCCAUCAUCUUGGCACUCCUGGCUGUAAUGAUCUCCAUCAUGGGCGCCAAGUGUACCAACUGUAUAGAGGAUAAAGCCACCAAGGCAAAAGUUAUGAUCGUGGCCGGUGUCCUCUUCAUUCUCGCCGGCAUCCUGGAGCUCAUUCCAGCUGCUUGGGUGGCAAACCAAAUCAUUCGGGACUCCUAUAACCCUAUGUUGAUUGACGCUCAACGGAGAGAGCUCGGGGCUUCACUUUACAUAGGCUUUGCGGCUGCUGCUUUGUUGCUGAUCGGAGGAGCGAUGCUGUGCUGCUCCUGUCGUCCACGAGAGAAGAAGUACACGUCAAUGAGAAUGGGCUCUAACAGUGCUCUAACAGGGGUGGAAAUAACAGCAUUACAAAAUUAAGGGUCAUGCUAUGCUUUUUCAGUUUCAUAAGGGUGGUGUGUGCGUAUUUUGAGGCACUUAAUGUGUUAAUUAAAGGAGUAGUUCAUCCAAAUAUGAUAAUUCUGUCAUCAUUUACUCACCCUCAUGUUGUUUUAAGCCGGUAUGAGUUUUAAUUCUGUCAAGUACAAAAGAAAACACAAAAGAAAAUAUUUUAAUAAAUAAAGGUAGCGACACAGUUGACAGUACUCAUUGACUUCCACAGCUGGAAAAACAAAUACUAUGGAAGUCAAUGGGUACCAUCAAUUUUGUGCUUACCAUCACUUAUUAAAAUAUCUUCUUUUGUGUUGAGCAAAAGAAAAUCAUGAGGAUGAGUACAUGUUGACAGAAUUUAAAUUUAUACAUUGUUUUAAAAUAAAUACAUGUAUCUGAAUUUGAUUGUUUUUAAUCCUGCAAAGCUCGGCUUUGUAUUUAGUUGUUCUUUGUAUUAUUGAGACAAAAAUAAAUAAAGGUUUAACUGGUUAA